CUCCAAUAGCAUUGAAGUUCAUUUACUUUUCAUUCAACCACCCAACUGCAUCUUCUCCUAUAUAAAAGGAGAACGCUAUUGAUUGUUAUAGUAUACUUUUGAGUGAGAGAGAAAGGUGAAGAGAGAAAUGAGUAAGUGGUGCAUUUUGGUGGUUUUGGCUGUUGCUGUAGUUGCAACAAGUGCAAGAAAUGUGCCUGCUGGAGAAGGUGGUUUGAAGGACGAGAAGACCUUUGGUGGGUUUGGUGGUUUUUCAGGAAUAGGUAACAAUGGUUUUCCUUUUGGUGGUGUAGGUUUUGGCGGUGGUGGUGACGCUGGUGGUGGCGGACUUGGUGGACUAGGCGGUGGUGGAUUUGGAGGAAUAGGAAGUGGUGGUGGUGGGCUCGGUGAUGCUAAUGGACUAGAUGGUGGAGGCCUCGGUGGAAUAGGUGGUGGUGGACUCGGCGGUUCUUCUGGACUCGGAGCAUUCAGCGGGUUAGGUGGUGGUGGAUUGGGUGGAUUGGGUGGACUUGGUGGUUCUGGUGGUGGUGUCUUUCCUCAACCUUGAGUGACAAGUUAAUUACUAUAUAUGGAAUUUACUAUAUUUUACUAUUCUAAAGAAAAAAUAAAAGUUAUUUAUAGUGGCUUUAUUAUAGUAGGUUUAUUGUUAUUAAAGUUGUUUAAUUUUAGUGUUUUAUUAAGAUUGUGUUUUUGACCUACUGAAACACUGUUAGCUGGUACUAGUUUAUUUUGUUAUGAUGUAUUUUGCUUUUUAAUUUCUAAUGUAAUGUAAGGGAUAUCCAUUUCAUGAUCUACAAUACAAGUUUAUUAGUUAAAGUUGAAAUUUAAA